AUGCAAGGGCAUGAUGCUGAGCGUGGACAUGCAAUACUUGAAUGCUGCCAAGCGCAGGUCGAGGAUCUCGACCAGAUCUUGCAGCUAGACACUCAGGCUUACAAUGGGAAGAGCCUCUGGCCCAGAAGCAUCUACGAAUCCGAGUUGAACUCAACUAACAAUGAGAUAUUUGUCUUGAAAUUCCCAGAAAAUGGUGAGAUUGUAGGGUUUGCAUGUUGUUCUCUUGUCUUGGACGAAUGUAGCAUAACAAACAUCGUUGUAUCAAAGAAUCAUCUCAGGAAGGGUUUCGCCAGUCAACUUCUAUCCUACAUGCUUGACUUUGGCAACAGCAAAGGAGUACGGCAGUGGUACCUGGAGGUCAGGGCAGAAACGAAUCCGGCGGCUGUUGCUCUCUACAAAAAGUUCGGGUUCGAGAGUGUUGGCAGGCGGAAGCAUUACUAUUCAAACCCUAGAGAGGACGCUCUGAUCCUGCAGCGUGGGUUGGAUCUUUCACAGAUAUCUUGA